UACUAAUUAGUUUUUAAAAAACUUAUUCCCUCUUUUUGACGAAGCGGAAAUUGGGAAAAUUGGAGCCCUAAUUCUGGUAAAUCGGCGAAGAUUGAAGAAUGUCGGGGGUCACGAACACGCAGCAGGAGGAAGACAAGAAGCCCAACGACCAGUCGGCGCAUAUCAACCUGAAGGUCAAAGGCCAGGAUGGGAAUGAGGUGUUCUUCAGGAUUAAAAGAAGCACUCAGCUGAAGAAACUAAUGAAUGCUUACUGUGAUAGACAAUCUGUGGAUUUGAACUCUAUUGCUUUUCUAUUUGAUGGUCGUCGUCUUCGAGCAGAGCAAACUCCAGAUGAGCUAGAAAUGGAGGAUGGGGAUGAGAUUGAUGCAAUGUUGCACCAGACCGGUGGAUCGACUCGUUGAAAUUCGUGGUGUUGGUUCUGCUCCUUUAACGCCAGUAAUUUCAUUGAAUUGGGAAAUGUGGGCAUUUAGAGAUUCUUGCAGGUUUAUUAUUAAGUGUAGAUUCCUUAAAAAAGACUUCCCUAUGUUUUAAGCUAUAUAUUGUGAGGUCAAUGGCUAUUUUCUGGUCUCAGUUAUUCGCUUGGCUCUUUGUAUGGAUGGAAGCUGUUAGUAGCAUAGCCGGAAAGUUAAAUACUUUGUAAUCAGUCUCGUUUUUUCUUCACGUUGUGAGCUUUCUGAUAACGAAAUGCUAAGACCAUAUUGAAAUUUGGUAUACAUUCCUCGGUCUUCCAGUUUUAUAGUUA